CAUAAGAAACCGAUGUUAAAAAAACCUAGUUCUGAAUGGAAUGAUUACGUUAAGAAGAUUGUAGCCAUCAAGAAGAAGUCAAACAGAGAAGUACUCUGCACAGCUUGUUGGAUGAUACUCAAUUAUGAGCAGAGAAGUAAGCACAAGGCUAAGUUCCCAAGCCACACAGCAAGCAUCCUAACUUCGUCCCAAUUUGCCAGUGGAACCCAAUUUUAUCAGAUCGCUAUCAAAAACAAUAAAGUGAUCACAAAGCACGACGGAACUGUCCUCGUUAUUCAGCCCUGUCUGUUUGACCCAAAGAAGGGAGGUGAGCACAUGGAGAUGAUAGAAGAAUUGUCAAGAGAGAUGCAUUCUAACCCUACUGGCUCAGAACAGAAAAAGAACCAAGAUGGAGAUGUCACUUCGUCUGGAAUAGUUUCAACUCAGAACUAUAGUAUUGUAUACUCGUAUGAUCCUGUUGUUCCUACCAAGUCUCUGGAGUUCUCAAAAGUCAACAGGAAUCUAGAUUCAUUGAUAGACGGUAUUAGUGAGUUCCAAGUCAACCUAUUUACUCAGCUGUUCAGUGCUGAUUACUGUACGGGCCCAUCCCUGAAUUGAUUUUAUAAUCCAUGAACAACCUAUCUUAGUUUCCCUGAGGUAGCAAGAAAAAGUUCAGACUCUUGAAUCUCUUCUUGUGAUAUUACAGAAUCCUGCACUGCUAAGGAAUCCCCAUACGUAGUACCUAUGAUGAAGUGUCUCAAGACCACACAGCCAAGUGCAGAAAAUAUCCUAAACCAAGAAGAAAGCAAGAACGAAGUCAAUGUGGAUGCUACAAAGUUACUGAUAGCACAAGGGAUGCCCGGUUUAAACACCAUCUCUGCAUCGUUCUAAAUUGCAAGUUUUAUCCUAAGUUAUUCAUAAAAAUUUAAAAG